GAACCCUGGCUCCUCUUCUACCUAAAAAGUCAGUGGUUUCUUUCCUCCGCAGUUGGAUGGCAGCGUUCUGCCUUACACAAUAAGAAAGGCUUCAUUUAUGGCACGCCAGGACACCCAGGUAAUAAGGACCUCUUCACACGCAGAGCCUAUUGGAAGAGCCCAGGGUGCCAUGGACCUGCUAAGGUUCUUCCCGCCGAGGGAGAGGGAGCGAACAUUUUCUGAACACCUACUCUGUCCUCGGCCGUUCAUGAAGGUUGCCUCGUGUCAUCCUCUCGGCGACCCUCCGCCUUAGGUGUAUCACCUUGCCUAAAACCGCACAGCUCGUAAGGAGCUCGAGUUCAUUCCAGAUCUUUCUCUGAUGCCACCUUACUUCCAGGUUUCUUUGCUGCUUUGCAAAGUGUGAGGCCAAGUUCAGAGGAGAGAUUCCCAGGGCUGGAAGUCCCUCUGGAACAGCGUUGCCCCUCCGCUUAUUAACUGGAAGAACUCUUUAUCUUUUAAGGCUUCCCUCAAAUGUCGUUCAUCACUCAAGUGAAACUUUCCCACACUCCACACGGAAAAUUAGUCACUCAGCUGUGCUCCUAGUGAAAAUAUAUGUAAAAUUACAUCAAAACAGUCCAAUCCUUGUCUGUAUGGAUCCUGAAAGUGCUAAAAAAGAAACAGUGGACCCCACCUAUGUAUGGAUUGGACCUAAUGAAAAUAAAUUAACAGGAAACAAUCGAAUAAAUAUAACUAACACAGGAAAGCUGAUGGUGAAAGAUUUUCUGGAGCCUUUGUCUGGACCUUACACAUGUACUUUUUCUUAUAAAUCUGUCAAAGCAGAAACUCAAGAGGAAAAGACAAUAAAGAAGAGAUAUGAAUUUAUAAUGUUUGCCUAUCGGGAGCCUGAUUAUUCAUAUCAGAUGGCCGUACGUUUUACCACAAAGUCUUGCGUAGGAAGAUAUAAUGAUCUACUUUUUAGAGUGCUGAAGAAAAUCUUGGAUAAUUUAAUUUCGGAUUUGACGUCCCACGUCAUAGAACCAUCAUAUAAAUGCCAUCUUGUUAAAAUUCCAAAACAUGGCCUCAUACAUGAGCUUUUCAUAGCCUUUCAAGUUAAUCCUUUUGCUCCGGGGUGGAAAGCUGCAUGCAACCAGUCUGUUGACUGUGAAGAUAACACUAAUCAUAAUAUCCUCCAGGCAAGAGAUCGGAUAGAAGAAUUUUUUCGGAGCCAAGCAUAUAUUUUCUACCAUGACCUUAAUAAAACCCUACCAGCUAUGCAUUUUAUAGACCACAGUUUUCAAGUAGUACGUAUGGAUAGCUGUCGUCCAGGUUUUGGAAAAAAUGAAGCUAUGCACAGUAAUUGCGCUAGCUGCUGCGUGGUUUGUAGUCCUGGGACUUUUAGUCCUGAUGUUGAUGUUACUUGUCAGACCUGCGUUUCCAUCCAUUUCUAUGGAGCUAAAUCUUGCCCGUAAACUUCAGACAAAAAACACUAUGAAGAGUAGAGGUGAAAGCCCUGUUACUUGCUUGUGGAAGUGGAAGAUAGAAGAUGAUUUCUUCAUAUCCCAAAGCAUCAUAGAAGCAUCAUAGAUAGCUUCAUUCAGUAAGACCAGUAAGACCAAAACAAUGGAAAACAUACAUUUUAGAAACUUUAAAAAAUAGUUGAUGUGGCAUUUCUAAGAGGGCAUUUAGUCCAAUAUCUCCAGUGUACAAAGGAAAGUGUAAGUAUUAGUGAAUGAUUUUUAAUGAGAUACGUUUUGUUGUUAACAAACAGAAUCUAACUAUUGCUCUAUACUUAAGACUAUAUUAAGGUCAAGAAGAGUAGCAAAAUAUAAUAAAAACUUUAUGCUUUCCAUAUAUUAAUUUGCUUGAAAUCACUCUUAUGUAAUGUAUAUUACCUUUGUAAUUAGAACCAAAGAAAGUUAUUUGUUUUGGUCAUUUUGUUUUUAGGUUUUGUUUUUUUUUUUAAUAAUUAAAUAGAAUUUAUUUUUUAGUAGUUUUUAGAUUUACAGAAUAACUGAGCAAAUAGUACAUAGAGUUCCAUAUACCUACCCCAAUCCUACACUCUCAUUCCUCCUGCACACACACGCAAUUUUCCCCAUUAUUACAUCUUGCAUUAGUGUGGUACACUUGUUACAAGGAAUGAACCAAUAUCAAUAUAUUAUUAUUAACUAUAGUUUAUAUUAAGAUUCAUUCUUUGUGUGUUCUAGUGCUUUGGGCUUUAACAAAUGCACAAUGACAUGUAUCCACCAUUACAGUUUCUUGUCAAAGAGUGAAUAUUUUGUGUUUUUCCUUAUAAACUACCAGUAUUUUAAUGCAAAAAUCUCAAAUUCAUAUGUGUGUAUUUGUAUCUUCAUGUAAAACUGCAACACCUUUGUAAAAGAAUUGUAUCUAACUUUUGAAUUUGUAUGUUUUUGAGCAUCUUUCAUAAGCAUUUAUUGUUAAUUGUAGGCAUUAGAAUAAUGCUAAUAGUUGUCCUAAUGUAAUUAACCUAUGGUCUUGCUGUGGAUAGAUUUUUUCAGGAAACAUCUUUUUUAUACUUCAUUCCAUUUACUGAUGUAAUAUCUUUGCAAAGAUUUCUACAAGUUACCUUCGGUAUGGCUGCUGAACCAUGAAAGCAUCUUAAAAAAACAAUUAUUCAUCCUUUCUGAUACAAAACCAAUGUCUAUACUAUAAUCAAAACUAAUAAUGUGGGAUGGGAGAGUCUUCUGUCCAGAUUCAUUGAGCCCCUCAGGCCUGAGAUUAGGAAAAAAAAAAAAAGCAACAUUUGUUUUGGGAUAAAUUUGGGGCUUUGUUUUUAUUUUUUCUCUUUUACUUAUUUUUUAAGUAUCUGUUUUUCCUUCUUUCUGAUUUUUGAAUUCUCUGUGUGUGUAUGUGUGUGUUUAGGUAAGAAAGGGAAUAUUAGAAAAUACAAUUCAGUUGUAUCUAUUACAGCUGUUGAAAGUAGAGGCUUAGAAGACAGGAGGGAAGGGAAGUAAGAAGGGAAAAGGGAGCCAAACAAGGAAGAGACCUAGGCUCCAUAAACAUCGUAGCAGCUACCCAUUGCUUAUAGAAUAAAGCAUGUAUUCUCAUUUGAAGUGAUAUUUCCCCCAAGGAGAUGAAAACUGGUUCAGGGGAGUGGGUCUUAACUAUUACAAUGGUUUGUGGUUCUCCAAAGAGCCACAAUACAUAAACUGAUAUACAUUAUAUCUGUGGUAUUAAAAUUUAAUGGGGAUGGAAGCUAUUGGGGGGCAAAAGUCUAAAAAGACUCCUAAAAGUGGGGGGGGGGGGUAGAGAUUAAAAAAAAGUUGAGAAAAACUAGAAUAAAGAGUGAAACUCUAAAAUUGGCAUUCAAGGCCUUCUAUGGUUUGGUUUCAGUGAACCUUUUCAGCCUUGACUCCUGGCAUUUCUACACUGGGUGACAGAUUGGACUAAGUUUCCAAGAUCUCUUCCAGUUCUAAGAAUCUUUUCUCAGUUUGAACCCCUUACUCUAUCAGAUGAAUCUUGCUCUCUUCUAGACAGACCAGGCUCAUUCCUCAUACGUAGAAUACCCUUUCCUCUUAACUCCACUUCUUCAGAGCAUUUGAUUCUACUUUAAAAGCUUUCCACUUCCACCUACAUGAAUCACUUCUUUAAAUUUAUUCCCAUGUCCCUCACCCCCACUAAUUUUAGUACCUAAUCACACUUUUGUUAUCAUUUAAAUUUUUGAACUUUUUUUCCUGAUUUGUAAAAUUAAGGGAUCUGUAAUAUGUACACAGAUCAAGAGGCAGUCACUCGAACAGAACAAGGGGAUACUGCAUAGCUUUAAGUCAGGAAAGGCGUGAUUUGUGUGUCAGGGUUGUAUCCUUUCACCAUACGUAUUCAAUCUGUAUGCUGAGCAAAUAAUCUGAGAAGCUGGACUAUAUGAAGAAGAACGGGGCAUCAGGAUUGGAGGAAGAAUCGUUAACAACCUGCAUUAUACAGAUGACACAACCUUGCUUGCUGGAAGAAGAGGACUUGAAGCACCUUCUGAUGAAGAUCAAAGACUACAACCUUCAGUAUGGAUUACACCGCACAUAAAGAAAACAAAAAUCCUCACAACUGGACCGAUAAGCAGCAUAGUGAUAAACAGAGAAGAAAUUGAAGUUGUCCAGGAUUUCAUUUUACUUGAAUCCACAGUCAACACCCACGAAAACAGCAGCCAAGAAAUCAAAAGACGUGUUGUAUUGGGCAAAUCUGCCACAAAAGACCUCUUUAAAGGGUUGAAAAACAAAGAUGUCACCUUGAAGACCAAGGUGCACCUUACCUAAGCCAAGGUGUUUUCAGUUGCCUCAUAUGCUUGCGAAAGCUGGAUGAUGAAUAAGGAAGACCGAAGAACAUACUUUGGACAUGUCAUCAGGAGAGAUCAGUCCCUGGAGAACGACAUCAUUCUUGGUAAAGUAGAGAGUUAUCGAAAAAGAGGAAGACCCUCAAUGAGAUGGAUUGACACAGUGGCUGCAACAGUGGGCUCAGGCAUGACAACGAUUAUGAAGAUGGUGCGGGACAGGGCAGUGUUUUGUUCUGUUGCGCGUGGGGUCACUAUGAGUGGGAACCAACUCAAUGGCACCUAACAACAACAACAACAUCUCUUCUGAAUCCCCCGUGCAAAUGGUUAAGCGCUCGACAACUAGCUGAAAGGUUAGCUAUUCGAACACGCCCAGCAGCGCCUUUGGAAACAGGCCUCGUGAUCUGCUUCCAAAAGGUCAACGGCCUUGAAAACCCUAUGGAGUAGUUCUACACUGCAUACAUGAGGUCGCCAUGAAUUGGAAUCAUCUCGAUGGCGACUGACUACAAACAGCAACAACAGUAUCUUUUCCAGCAGUGAAUCUAAAUUUAAUGCCUUUUCUAUCUUCUGUAUCCUUUUUUGCCUCCUUUCCCCAUUAGAUAAUAAACUCCUUAUGAGCAGGAACAUCCUCAUACUGCCUUUGAAUCCCACACAUUGUUAUGCAUAGAAUAGGUGUAAUAAUGGAAGUAAUUAAAUUGAGUCUGCAUUUAGAAGUAGACUUUUGGCUACCCUCUUCUUGUUGUUAUUUUGAACUUUGAGAAUAUUUGCCCCUGAUACAUUGAUUCACACUCUCCACAGUUUUUUUGGCUUAUUAGUCCAAUGGCAUAUGGAGCCCAAAAUGUCCAGGUGGCAAUUUCAUCUUCAAUUUUAGGGAAGGUCAUUGUUGUAUCCCUUGCUGGAUGUAUCUCCCCUUGGAGACAAAGAUCUCCAAACCAGCAGAACUCAAAGUUGCCAGGAUAGGAAGCAGAAAUUCUGUAAGUUAGCCACCAUCUAAGAUGCAUCAAUUGGUCUCAACCCACCGGGAGCAAAGGAGAAUGAAGAACACCAAAGACACAAGGUAAUUAUGAGCCCAAGAGGCAGAAAGGGCCGCAUAAACCAGAGACUACAUUAGCCUGAGACCAGAAGAACUAGAUGAUGCCCGACUACAACCAAUGACUGUCCUGACAGGGAACACAACAAAGAACACCUGAGGGAGUAGGAGAGCAGUGGGAUGCAGACUCCAAAUUCUCAUAAAAAAAACCAGACUUAGUGGUCUGACUGAGACUAGAAUGACCCCAGAGGUCAUGGUCCCCAGACCUUCUGUUAGCCCAAACAAAACAGGAACCAUUCCCAAAGCCAACUCUUCAGACAGGGAUUAGACUGGACUGUGGGAUAGACGAUACUGGUGAAGAGUGAGCUUGAAUCAAGUAGACUCAUGAGACUAUGUUGACAUCUCCUGUCUGAAGGGGAGAUGAGAGAGUAGACGGGGUCAGGAGCUGGCCGAAUGGACCCAAAAAAAGAGAGUGGAGGGAAGGAGUGUGCUGUCUCAUUAGGGGGAGAGCAAUUAGGAGUACAUAGCAAGGUGUUUGUAAAUUUUUGUAUGAGAGUCUGACUUGAUUUGUAUACUUUCACUUAAAGCACAAUAAAAAUUAAAAAAAUAAUAAAGUACAAUUAAAAAAAUAAAAUAAAAAUUCUGCAAGUGGGUUAUUACGUAAAAUAGUGAGAGGAUCCAUUCCCUUUCCACCCUUUGAUUCCUGGACAGUCCUGGCUGUGAGGGAGACAGCAUCACAUAUAUGUCUCUGAUGCGAAGAAUAUACUGCAUCCUGUAAAACAGAACCCCAUCUUUUUAGAGUGUGGUCUCCAAACUGACACUAUAACUGAGGAUUUUAGGAAGCCAUUCCACCUUUCACUUAAGCCAGUUGUUUCUGGGUGAGGGGGUAUGUGAUAAGACCAUUUAAUUCCAUGGUUAUGAUUCCCAUUGCUUCACUUCCUUUGCUAUCAAAUGAGUUCCUUGAUCAGACACAAUGCUGCAUGAAAGCCAUGUUGGUGGAUAAGGCAGUCUACAAGUCCGCGAGUGAUAGUGUUGGCAAAAUCACGAGCAGAAAAAUCAAAUCCACAUGCAAAAUAUGUGUCUUUGCCAUUGAGGAUGAAUUUCUGUCUGUUGUUUGGACAGUUUUAUUCCAUCAGCAUAAAAAAAAUUAGGUGCGCUGGUUAAUGAAUAUAAGGUUAUCCUGAGGUAGAUUAACACACAAUUCUCUUUGACACACAUAGUGCCAUGGAUUGAAUUAUGUCCCCCCAAAAAUGUGUAUAUUACCUUGGUUAGGCCAUGGUUCCCAGUAUUCUGUGGUUGUCCUCCAUUUUGUGAUUGUAAUUUUAUGUUAAAGAGGAUUAGGGUAAGAUUGUAACACCCUUACCAGGUCACAUUCCUGAUCCAGUAUUAAAGGAGUUUCCCUGGGGUGUGGACUGCACCACCUUUUAACUCUGGAGAGAUGAAAGGGAAGCAAGCAGAGAGUGGGGACCUCAUACCACCAAGAAAGCAACACUGGGAGCAGAGCGCAUCCUUUGGACCAGGGGUCCCUGUACCUGAGAAGCUUCUCCAUUCAGGGAAGGUUGAUGACAAGGAAUCUUCCUCCAGAGUCAGCAGAGAGACAAAGCUGUCUUUUGGACCUGACACCCUGAAUUUAGACUUGUAACCUACUAGACUAUGAGAGAAUAAAUUUCUCUUUGUUAAAGCCAUCCACUUGUGGUAUUUUUGUUAUAACAGCACUAGAUGACUAUGACACAUAGCAUGUCUCAUUUUGAAACAGCAGAAUUUUACAAAAGUGAGAAACAGCAUAAACAUUUUAAUGAUAGAAUUCUAAUGGGGAAUUUCUGUUCCCUCAAGGACUAAACAUCCCCUCUUG